AUGCCGUUUGGCGCCAACGCAAAGACGGGGUUCUCCGUGCGGGACAUCCUGGACCUUCCCGACUCGACGGGGAGAUGCGGGUCCGGGACCGAAGAGACCGAGGAGGACGACACCGAGGAGGCCUCCACGGAGGUGUCAGGCGGCCGGGGUUUGUGUGAGAGCGCCGGUGAGCGUUUGGGCACGUGGAGCAGCGCAUCCGUGCACGGGCUGUCCUUGGAGCCUCGCGCCGAUCCCAAAUCCCCGGAGCUGUCUACGGAUGAGUCCCCGGACGCAGAGCGGGACGCGCGGUGCGCUCGGGCGCAGAAGGCUCGCGGCAGGAAGCGGCGCGUGCUCUUCUCCAAGGCGCAGACCUACGAGCUCGAGCGCCGCUUCCGACAGCAGCGCUACCUGUCCGCCCCGGAGAGGGAACAUCUGGCCGGGCUGAUCCGCCUCACGCCGAACCAGGUGAAGAUCUGGUUCCAGAACCACCGCUACAAGAUGAAGCGCGCACGCGCCGAGCGCAGCGUGGACGCGCUGCAGCUGCUGUCGGCCCGCCGGGUCGCCAUCCCGGUGCUGGUGCGGGACGGAAAGCCGUGCGGCCGGGCUGCAGCCAGCGAGCUGGAGGCGACGCUGAGGUCCGGCCUGAGCCUGCCGCUCUGCACCUACUCCCCCCUGCUGCACCCCGCAUACGGCCCGGAGCAGCACCCGGGGGUGCAGCAGCACCCGGGGGUGCAGCAGCUGGCGCACGUGUACCACUGGAGCUGGUGA